AUGAAUGUAUGAUGCUGGGAUUCCCUUCAAUGCUGUUAAAUAUGAUUCUUUUGAGCCUUGUAUUGAAGCUAUUGGACAAUUUGGAUCUGGGAUGAAACCUCCAUCAUAUCAUGAAGUGAGGGUUAAGUAUUUGAUGAAGGAGUUGGCAAAUACGAACUCACUUCUCAAAUCCCAUGAAGAAGAUCAUGCUAAGUUUGGGUGCACAAUCAUGGCAGAUGGAUGGACAGAUAAAAAGGGUAGGACUCUUAUAAAUUUUUUGGUGAAUGGUCCCAAAGGAAGUGUAUUUGUUGAAUCAGUUGAUGCUUCAGGCUAUUCUCACACAGCGGACAAAAUGUUUGAGUUGCUUUCUAAAUUUGUGUAUCGCAUUGGAGAAAAAAAUGUGGUUCAGAUUGUAACAGAUAAUGCAAGCUGCAAUGUCAGUGCAGGUCGUCUUUUGGAAAACCGAUUUCCACACUUAUACUGGACUCCCUGUGCAGCUCAUUGUUUAGAUUUGUUGCUUGAGGAUAUAUUCAAAAUUCCUCAUCUCAGAAAAUUGCAUGAACGGGCAUUGAUGGUGAAUGGUUAUAUUUACAACAGAUCACAAGUAUUGAGCAUGAUGAGAGAGUUUACUGGACAGAGAGACAUAGUAAGAACCGCAAAGACACGUUUCGCAAUCGCUUUUUUGACUUUAAAGCAGUUUCAUGUACAACAAGCAAAUCUGAGAAAAAUGUUUACAUCUGAAAAGUGGGCAAAUAGUCGAUUUUCCAAAGAGGUCGCAGGAAAACGUGUAGCAGAAGUGAUAUUGAUGCCUUCUUUUUGGAAAAAUAUGGUUUUUGCAUUAAAAGUUGGUGGUCCAUUGGUAAAAGUAUUACGGCUGGUAGACGGUGAAAAACGAUCUCCUAUGGAUUAUAUUUAUGAGGCAAUGGGCAGGGCCAAAGAAGCUAUUGCUGCAUCAUUUAACAAUAAUGAAGAGAAAUAUCGUAGCAUUUUUGAAUUCAUUGACAAAAGAUGGAACAUUCAACUGCAUCGACCUUUGCACGCAGCCGGAUAUUUCUUGAAUCCAGAGUGUUUUUACUCAAACCCUGAUAUAGAAAAUGAUACAGAAGUGAUGGAGGGCUUGUACAAGUGCAUAUCUAGAUUGGUGAGAGGUGAGGAUUUACAAGAUAAGAUCACGAAUCAAUUGGAAAAAUACAAGAAAGCAGAAGGACUUUUUGGUUUGCCAAUGACUAUCCGACAAAGAACUUUAAAAUCGCCAGCUGAUUGGUGGUCUUCUUAUGGUGCAUCAACGCCUGAAUUAAAAACAUUUGCAAUGAAGAUUUUAAACCUCACGUGCUCUUCUUCAGGCUGUGAACGUAAUUGGAGUGUUUUUGAACAUAUACAUUCUAAGAAAAGAAAUAGGUUGUCUCAACAACGAUUGAAUGAUUUGGUAUAUAUCAAGUACAAUAGAGCUUUGAGGAGAAGAUAUGACAUGCGAGAUAAGAUUGAUCCUAUUACUUUGUCAGAGAUAGAUGAUAGUAAUGAAUGGUUGUUGGGAAAAUUGGAUGACAGUGAUAAAGACGAUGAUAAUGAUUUUGUCUUUGAAGGUGAAGAUUUGCGUUGGAGUGAUGUAGCACAAGCAUCUGGGGUUGGUGAAAGUGCAUAUGGCUUUCGAUCUCGAAAUACGUCUUCUUUAAAAGGGACAUCAUCAUCUGCAUUAGCAAAAAGAAGGCAGUCUUCAGCUCAAACUAGUCUUGUAAAUGAAGAAGAACUUAAUCUUGAUAAUGAAACUGAAGAAAAAGAUACUGAUAGAUACAAAUCAAGCGAUGAAGCUGAUGACAUAGAUUUGGACAAUGAAGAUGAAGAAGAUGAUUAUUUUGAUAUUUAAUAUUUCAUGUAUCAUAUUUUCAAAGACUUUUAAUUUUCAGUAAUCUACAACUUCAUCAAAGAAUAUUUUUUUUAUGAUUAUUUGGAUUUUCAAAGACAUUUUGAAAGUUUUUUUAAUAGAUAUAAUAGCCCUUUUGUUUAUUAUGUUCUUUUCCGUAAAGCCCCCGCUUCGCCUUGCGCUUUGCACUUUAAGCCCCAAGACCUUGAGCGCUUUUUUGCGCUUUGCGCUUUUGACAACUAUGGUAAGAGGCUGCUCUGCGUUUACGAAGGAGAUAUUUUUAGUGGCGUUUUUUCAACUGUCUUGGAUUAACAACCAUCUAGGUUGUAACCAAGUAAAUCCUUAGCCUUCUUACUCUUUUGGUUUAUGUUAUUGUUUUUAUGUUAAUUACUUGGUUGAAUUAAUAUUGUAUCCUUGCUAAGUUGAAAAGCAAGAGAUUUGUCUAACUCAUUUUUCAGGGCUAUUCACCCCUACAAAAAAAAGUGGACCAGGGAUGGACCAUUUGCAAUUGUGGUCAGAUCGUGACCAC